AUGAUCUUCUCGAAGACUACUGCGCUUCUCGCGCUGGCGUCGGGAGCCUACUCUCAGUCGCAAUAUACCUCCACUGGCACUGCUGCUGUAGCCAAGGCAGCUGCCACCGCGCUGACACUAUCCCCUACUUCGAGUGUCACUGGUUUAACUUUCGAUCGGUUCGUUCAGAUCUGGCUGGAGAAUGAGAAUUAUAGUGCUGCCAUCAAGGAUACAAACCUCGCCUAUCUUGCGUCUCUGGGCAUCACACUCACAAAUUAUUUUGCCAUCACCCAUCCCUCUCAGCCUAACUAUGUCGCCGCCGUUGGUGGCAGCACUUUCGGGAUCGCUGACGACAGCAUGCACUAUAUCUCUUCCAGCACCAAGACCAUCGUUGACCUCCUGGAAGAUGCUGGCGUCAGCUGGAGUUUGUAUCAGGAGGAUAUGCCUUAUUCUGGCUUCGAGGCCAAUUAUCCCAACCAAAAGACUGGCGCAAAUGACUACGUGCGCAAGCACAAUCCUCUAAUGAGCUACAACUCGGUGACAUCGAAUACAGACCGUCUUGCUAAGUCGAAGAACUUCACUAUGUUCUAUGAAGACCUGAACAACAACGAGCUGCCUCAAUGGAUGUUCAUCACUCCUAACAUGACCAACGAUGGCCACGAUAGUUCCCUAGCCGCAGCUGGAACUUGGUCCCGUAACUUUUUGACUCCGCUGCUCUCGAACUCAAAUUUCAAUACUGAUCGUACUCUGAUCAUCCUUACCUUUGACGAGGGUUUGACCACUGGAACAAACCAAAUUUAUGCUGCCCUUUUGGGUGGUGCAGUCUCCAGCGCCAAGGUUGGUACCUCGGAUGACACUGCGUAUAAUCACUAUAGUCUGUUGAAGACUGUGGAGACCAACUGGGCUCUGGGCAACCUUGGAGAGAACGAUGUGGAUGCCACUGCGUUCUUCUAG